CUCAAUUUUUUUUUGGUUUCCUCCCAAAAUAAUACAUCAUUCCUAAUCAUCAGUUUUUUUCACACUUUAUUCUUGUCAUCAAUAUUUUGAUUUCGUUAAUUCUUAUCAUCAAAUAAAAAUACCAUCAUGGUAAAAGUUUUUCAAGUCAACAAAUCUUCCACUUAUCCAUUCAAUGCUGAUUGGAUGUCAAAAUUGAGUGAUAAAAAGAAACGGCAACCAAUUACAGAGCUAAUUAUACCUGGUUCACAUGAUUCCGGUGCAUAUAAAUUGUUUACCGAACUAGGCAUUGCAAUCGACCGUCCUGAAUUGAAUACAUUUUGGAUUAAUCACUUUUCAUUCAUCACAUUCCCGAUUAUUAAUCGUUAUUCACAAACACAAAAUCAAAAUGUAUUUGAACAAUUGAAAUCCGGUAUAAGAUAUUUGGAUCUACGUAUCAGUUUGAAUCCACUGGAUGAUGAAUUCUAUAUUACACAUAAUUUCUAUGGUCCACCAUUAUUGAUUAUUCUGUUUCAAAUACGACGUUUUAUUAAAAAUUAUCCAUCUGAAUCAAUCGUAAUUGAUAUACAACAUGUAUACAAUGUUGAUUCUGAAAAUAAAUUUAAUCGGCUUAUGGAUUUGUUUCGAACAAUUUUCCUCGAUCAAAUGUUUUUACAUUCAAAGAAAACCGGUGAAUCGUGUAUACCAUCCAUACACGAUAUGGUCAAUAAUCGACGGCCAAUUAUGAUGAUUUAUCGUGGUGAUUAUCAUUCGAAUGAAUUGCCGGAUUUUUUUUGGCCAAAAACUGCCAUUUAUAGUCCAUGGCCAGAUACACGAUCUCCAUCAUUGCUUCAGAAAUUUAUCGACAAAAUUCUAGCCACAUCAAUCGAUCAUAGUCGUUUGUUUGUCAUACAAACAGUGUUGACACCGAAUAAUCGAUUUGUAAUGAAAAAUUUUUGGAGUAGCUUACGUCGUUUAUCUGAACCAAUUGGUGAAAUUAUUACGAAAUUAUUUGCGAAAUUCCACUCUAGUGAUGAUGAUGAUGAUUAUGAUGAUGAAGAUGAAGAUGAUGUUCAACAUGAAAAGAUGAACAAAAUCAAUAUUGUUAUGUAUGAUUAUAUUGAUCGUCAAACAAAUAAUGGACAAUUUCUUAUUGAUCAAAUUAUUGCAGCUAAUUUUAACGAAACUACUAUUAAUCAUCAUGACGAAUUUAAUUUGACGAAAAAAGAACAAUAAUUAGGCGCUUUGAAUGAAAAAAAAAUGAACCAAACAAAUUCAUUCUCAUUUGAAAUCGAUUCUUUCUU